AUGGCAAACAGGCAAUCUGCGACGCUGGAUCAAUUCCUCAUCCCCUCCCUUCUCCCGCAGAUCUACACGUUCUGGUUCCAGCACAUUCCCUCCAACGAGCGCCUGGUCCUCCCCUCCGCAGAAGACUUGAAGAAAUGGUUCUCCAAAUCCGACGAGUUCGACGGCGCCUGCUCGUCGCAAUUCUCGCCCAUCCUCGCCGCCAUCCGCGAGGCCAACGCCUCCGCAGAGGAGAUUCUGUCUAGAACUCAGCCCUCUACCCCCGAAGACUGGCUAGCGCUCAUCAUCCUGCUGGAUCAACUCCCCCGCAACAUCUACCGGGGCGAAUCCUCCCGCACCGUCUUUGAAUUCUUUGACCCACUCGCAAGAACUAUCGUCCUCAAAGCCGCGGAAGCAGGAUACCCGUCUGGCAGUGGCAGUCCCUUCCGCUACCGCCUGGGUCAGCGCAUGUGGUUCAAUUUGCCCUUUAUCCAUGCCGAGGAUCUAGACAUGCAGGAGCUUGUGCGGGUCAAGUAUGAGGAGAUGGCGGAGGAUUUCACCCGUCUGCUUGACGGGGAUGCGACGGGGUUAUCAGGUGACGAGGCGGAGUGCCGUCGUAUUCUUCUGGAGAAUCGGGCGGGGCUGGAAGAGCAGCUGAAGUUGCAUUUCCAGGUGCAGAGGGAGCAUCAUGAACCCAUUGCGCUGUUCGGGCGGUUUCCGCAUCGGAAUGCGGCGUUGGGGAGGGCGACGAGCGACGAGGAGAGGAAGUUUCUCGAGGAGGGGAAGAUGUUUGGAUAG